AUGAUCGCCAUGAUGGUCGGACCAGCCGCCUGCAUCCCGGGGCACAACUACGUGUCCGACAAGAUCAUGGAAGCGGCGGAGGGCGCGGCGGGCCUGGUGAAGGCAGACCUAGCUUUUUGGACCCGCAAGCCUUCUGGAAGCCUUCUGGAGAAGCAUGAGAAGGGCAUCUGGCCGUCCAUGGUGCUGCUGGCCCCAAGGAAGCUGUUUUGCGUCGAGGCCGUCAGAACCCCUGGCUUCUCCACCGCCCCGUGUAGCGCUGAGCUCGGCUGCAGCCACGCAGGUCGCGGCGUGCCGCAGCUGGCUCAGGAGGACGUGGAGCAGGAGGCGGAGCCGCCUUCGCUCUUGCAGCGCGCCGGGAAGGAGCAGCUUCCAGAAAGACGCUGCACCGUGUAUGAGAAGUGGCGCAUGCGCUGGCUCGGCCCCCACGUGGACAUGGCCCUGGGCUCCACGCCCUAUGGGGCCAACGUCGGCUCCUGGGAGGCUUGCUUGGCCCUCUGCCAGGGCACAGAAGGAUGCGCACAGGUGGUCUAUUGGGGUGGGCACUGCUACGGCAUGCGCGAAGCAUCCAACGAAGACCAGGACGGCUUGGGCGGCCAGAACGAGGAGUUCACCUCCGCCCACUGCGUGGGAGCCGAGCGGCACUGCGACAUUUUCUUGAAUUGGCGGAUGACCAUGGUUCCUGGCACUGGCAUCAGCCUUGGCGCGCUGCCCUACGGCGAGUUCAGCGGGGGCUGGUUCCGCUGCAUGGAACUCUGCAAGGAGACGAGGGCCUGCGAGCAGGUCACCUACACCGCGGAGGGGCGGUGCUACGGCAUGAGCGCUCGCACGCACCAG